CAUCGUGUUGGUCAUGCUAACGUCACGAGCGCCACAUGUUAUUUGCGGACCAAUGAUAAAUUAAGCAUAAAAUUCAAAAAUUUCGAAAUUCAAAGCGCUACUGCAUUCAUGGAUGAAAGGCGAAGCUUGCGAGCGAAUCGCAGCUCGCACAAGAACUCACUGUGGGCGUCUUCUGAAGGAGAACGAACCCAGAACCGCUGGUCUCGAGACUUAUCCACAAAGGAUGGACGGCGUUCCGAGAGUUCAGCUAUUUUAAAUGGUGUUUGUUAUGCGAAUAAUGUACCUUCUGAGAUACUCAAUCACAUAUUUUCUUACUGUGAUCCGUUUUCUCUUGGGAUGGCCGGUCAAGUGUGUAAACGCUGGAAAACAUUAAUUAAUGAUGAUACUUGCUGGAAAAACGCAUUUUUGCGAUAUUUUGGAUCUUUGCCUUUUAGGUUAAUACGGCACAAAUGGAAGGAUGAAUACAUACUACGAGAUGAGUUGUUAAGGAGAUGGAGAAGUGAGCAAUGUUCGAGCAUAUCGUUUGACUCUCGGUUAGAGACAAUCUAUGAUUUUUAUGUUGACUUUGAAAGAUCAUGGAUGCUUGCUGGCUCAGUGGGGAGAGCUGCUAUUUUACGCUGCAAUCCUAUUACUGGACGAAUUAUCAAAGACAAGAUAUAUGCCACACGCGCGAAUUUUACAGUGACUGGCGCAAAUUUCAAUUAUAAAGACUUCCUCCCACAGCAUGAGGGUGCUGUUACGGUGUUAGAAUGGUCGAGGAACUGUGAAGGAGUAGUCCUGAGUGGCGGCGAGGAUGGAUACGUGUGUGCAUAUCAUGCGAACUUUGGAUGUUUUGGAAAGCUUUAUUCUGGGUCACCUUCGCAGAUCAAGGCAAUUGCGUGGAAUCCCAAAAGCUGUGUUAUUGCAGGAACGGCUGAAGGCUCAAUACACUUUUGGCAUAUAGACCUCACUCAUAUUGAAAACAAUCCUCUACAAUGGUACAAUGUCUUUGACGCUCCACACGACUGUAUUAAGGGAACUUUACCAAUCAAAUCACUACAUUAUGAUAUGCCAUCUAAUUCGGUAAUCGUGGGAUAUGAAGAUUCAAAUCUAUUGAAAAUAUACGAUUUACACGAAUUGGAUUGUGUGGCAAUGCUAGAAGAUGGCCAUGUCGCAAAUAUUAGUUACGUUGAGUAUUACGAGAAAAAUGUAACUAAUAGUAAAUAUAGUACAGAGACUUCAGUCAGAAUAUUGCUCACUGGAGAUACAAGUGGAAAACUGUGUCUAUGGAACAUAACUGAAUGGGACAACGGCCAGGUCUCUUCCAUAAAGCCAUUACGAGUUUUUGUUGACCACACGACCGAAAUCACAGCAGCAUUUAUGGAUGAUUAUAAGCUGAUUAUCGGCAGUGCUGACGGCAAGGUCACUGUUUGGGAUCAAUUAACUGGAGAGCUCAUUCGGCAGUUUAGUACGAUAACUCGGAGAUCACAUUAUCGUUCAGCACAAGCAAGGGGAAUCAGCACUCCAUUUGCCAUAAAAUGUAUUUGCUGUGAUGAUGAGAGGAUCACAGUUGCUAUGGGCAGGACAAUAAGAACAUGGUAUUUGACUUCGAAAGAAGGAGCAAAAAAGGAAAAGCAACGACGAAAAAAGCUUGCGUCGGUAUCAUCAACAUCCAAAGCAUUAGCACGGUUAGAAUUUCAGAAUGAUGUCCGGGAAUCAACACAACUGCUUGCACGAGAGCAACGAGAUAGGGAAGAGCGCCGACGACACUUGGAACGAUACAUCCCAAGUAUAGAUUUUACCGAUGAAGAGAUGAUGCAAUACGCAAUAUUGUUGUCUACAACGGCCGAGGACGAGGAAGAACAGAUAUCCGAGGCAAUUACGCGUUCACUAUCACUUGAAAACAGUUAG